CCCUUUGAACCGCCAAAAUAAAUGUCAUUUUGUUUGUCAUCUGUCUUGCUGAUACCGUAAUUUUCUCGCGAAAAAAACAUUUUUUCAGUAUUUUUCCGUUAUCAUAACGUUCGGUGCAUUAUUUAUUGGUUACACAGUCGUCACAAUCGUGCGAUAUCAUUACAAUUUGCCUAGGAAACGAUGGCAAAAGUGCACAUUACCAACGUCGUGGUGCUAGACAACCCAAGUCCAUUCCUAAAUCCUUUCCAAUUCGAAUUAACCUUCGAAUGUAUAGAAGAACUCAAGGAGGAUCUAGAAUGGAAGAUGAUCUAUGUAGGAUCAGCGGAAACAGAAGAGCACGAUCAAGUUUUGGAUACAAUUUACGUCGGUCCGAUACCUGAAGGCCGGCACAUGUUUGUAUUUCAAGCACCUCCACCAGACGUGAGCCGAAUCCCUGAAAACGACGCCUUAGGUGUUACUGUGGUGUUACUAACGUGUUCCUACCGAGGACAAGAGUUCGUCAGAGUGGGUUAUUUCAUAAACAAUGAAUAUAGUGAUAGUGAGCCAGAAUUGAGAGAGAAUCCGCCAGCAAAGCCGCAAUUUGACAAAGUUGUAAGGAACAUUCUAGCGUCAGAACCUAGAGUUACUAGAUUUAAGAUUAAUUGGGCAGAACCCGAUGCCGCAGCGGCAACAGAUUCUGGUGAUGGGAAUUUGGAAACGUCUCAUGCUCCGAGUAAUGACUCGUAUGGGGCUUCCUUCAAUGCUGAUAGUCAGAUCAGUGGUAUGGAGUUCCAUGGUAGCUUAAGUGGUUAUGGCGAUAACUCCAAUUCAAUCGCUCCUAUGGAGUGCUGAGAAAACCAAAUCAUAGAAAAUAAGAAUUUAAUAAUAUAGAUGUCAAAUGGACAUGGAACAUAACUGAAUAACAUUAUGUGUUGGGAAAACAAGGUGUUGUCACCGCUGUUGUAUGUAAUGUUCAUGAGAUAAAACACGCACAAAUAGGUGAAAGAAGGAGAUAGACAAUUUAAGACUUUUUUUCUUUGUCUAAAAUCAUCAUUCAUUUUUCAAACAAAAUCUAGAUCGAAGUCCACAGCCAACACAAAAAUAAUAAUAAAAAAGAUUUGAAUUGGUAUCUUUUUCUUUUUUUUUCUUUUUGUGUUGUCUGUUUUGACUUGCUGGUUAGAAGUUUACUGUUUUCAGUAAAUGAUUUGUGGUUGCUGGUUUUAGUUACGAUGAUAAAAAAAUAUUAUCAAUCCAGCUAAACUUGAGUAAAAAUGUAUUACCUAUCAUAUGAGCCAACAAAGAAAAAAUAUGUUUCUAUCGUAUACAUCCUUGUUGGCUUGAAUAUAUUUUGUAGAACCAUGAACUGUAAUUAACUGACUGAGAUUGCAUAUUGUACUAAUAUUAGGUUUAAAUUAUAUGUUUCCUUUUUAUGUUUUAUAAGAACUGUAUUGGUUUAAGUUUUCAUUGAUUACAUGGUAAACUAUUUAGUGUCCUAAUUUUAAUGUUUUAUUUUAUGAAAUGUAUUGAGAAGUAUGCAUAGUUUUAAUGUUGUAAAUGGAAGAUUUCAUUAAUCUCCUUUGGGGAUUUAACUUUGCAUACUUUCUAUUGUUUUACACAUCAAAGCUAGAUUUUUGAAAGAAGCUGACAAACCAUACACAAUAUAUCUGUUGUGACUUCUGUAAUCCUUUAAAAUCAGGCCUUCAUUAUUACUAGAACAUGAUAUUUACAAUAAAUAGGGUAGAUGAUUAAUUUUUGUGUAAUGGAUAAGCCUAUGGAUCGAAAGGUCCCAGAUUAGAAUCCUACUCAUGCCACAGAAGUUUGUAUACCAAUCUGACUCAUGUAUUUUUCAUCGACCACCACUUGCUUCCGGUGAAGGAAAACAUUGUGAGGAAACCUGCACAUUAAUUGAUUAUUAACUUGUGUGUGAAAUGGAGAAGGCAAUGGCAAACCACUCCAUUAAUAGUGCCAAGAAAGUUGUGUGUUUCAUUCUACAUAAUAACUAUGGCCCUCAGCCAUUAGGAAAUACGACUAUGAAGGGAAAAUUUGUUCUACAACUUGUGUUCUAGAAGUACAUAAUAUUAUAAUUAUAUAGUAAACAUGUAAAUAUUUCUUACUGACCUUUUAGUUGUCUUUAAUGUCUUCACUUUUAUUUAUUUACUGUACAUACCAUUGUUUUACGUAACAAUUAUGAAAACGAAAGCUUAUUUUACUAUAGUUUUUAGCCGGUAUGUUUCGACUCAAAUUACGCAACAGAAUUUAUAAUACCGUCGUAAUUUCUGUAAUCGAUGGGUUUCGUCUAACAGGCUGAUGAUAUUGGCUGGUACGGCCACGUCUUGCGUAGACCGACAAACUGCUUGGAAGUAAUGCCUGGCCACAUCGCUUACGCUGAAGCUAUCACAGUAAACACUGCACACUAUCGCGGACCAAGUUACCCUGCGGGAAUCUCUAUGACGCGGCAAUAAGCUUGCAAUGUAUUUGGGUAGGUUAAUGUGCCGUUGACUGUACCGGUAUUUUUCAACCGUUUCGGUCACAAAUUUCUCUUUGAAAUUUGUUUUGACAACGACUACGUUUAUUUUCGGUUCAGUUUUGAUCCAAGAAUCUUAACUACUUUUGUGACACCGAAACUGUCGUAAUGAUUGAUGUUCAAUUGCGAUUCAGCUCGCCUCAUAUUUUGAUUACCAUAAAACUGUUUUAGGUUAAAAAAAUAAGUGUCUGAAUGCCUGAAACCUGUAAAUAUAGGUCCAUAUAUCAUAAAUGUAAUAAAACGUUUCGCUUAUUUCACAAAUCCCAUUAGAUAAACUCCCGCGCAGAUCGCAUGUCUUAGGCGAGGGAUUUUGGGACGAAUAUUUCACUUAUCCCCUUGUUAGAUAAUUCCUUGCGCAAGUCUACAACUGUGCAGGGAUAUUAGUCCAAAAAUCCUCUAUCCUCUAAAAAGGGGAUUUUUGUAUGACUUAUUUCACUGCGUGUCGAUGGCGUUUUAAAACGACAAUACUUGUUUAUCUAAUCCCCUGCGCACAUGUAGACUUAAUCCACAUAUCCUCUUCACAUCUCAGACAGAGGAUUUUUGGAAGACUGUGUUUAAAUUAUUAUUAAUUGUGAGGAUAUGUGGAAUAAACAUAAGUUUAAUGUGUUGUAUUGACAAAACGGCCUGGUUGCUGCGGUUUUUCUGUAAAUUGAGGACAUGUAAAUAAAGUGAUUGAACAAAUAAA